AUGGGGGACUCUGGAGGUACCUGGUCCUCAAUUCAAGACACUGAAUUUCCAAAUUUUACAGCCGGUGAUACCUUCAAUUUAAACGAUGUCACUGGUUUUGAUGAUCUGUUAAAAAAUUGCGAAAGCGAGUUGAUGAAAAAUGAGCACUUAUUUGGCGACGAGACAUUUCUAUCAGACCUCAGCGACCCGAUCGCGAUGGAGAACGACCAGUUUAAUUUCCUGGACAUGAACAUCGACAAUGACUUCAAGGACACAAAUUUAAUGGGAAAGUUGGUGGAGCCAAAUGUGAUGGUGAUGGCGUCUAAUGCUGCUCAGGUUCCCCAACAGGUAUCUCCGCCUCAGCAAUCACCGCAGCCUCAACCACAACCCCAACAAAAACCUCAGCAACACAAGAGACACGCAAGCGUUCCAGACGGACAGCUGCCCAACCAACCGAAGAAAUUGGCAACCCACCCGGCAUCUCCAGCACCCACAGUCUUUGCUUCUCAAUACACGCUUCCUCAGAACGUUAAUUUUACUCUUAAAUCACCAGUUGUAACUCUGGCUCCUGUAAAUACUAACCAGCGACAAUUGCUACUACCCGCUAAGUUGAUCAAGUCUGAGUCUGUUGUUUAUCCAAGAGGCUCUCAAGCGAUUACUUCGACCCCGGUACCUCAUCAAAUUCAUACUUUUGUUAAUGCAGCUAAUGGAACUGUCCUGGCUACUGGCAUACCGGUAGUCCUAGACACCGAUAAAGUCCAGAUAAACCGUAUGAAUACGUCACCAGCUGUCGGGGUCCCCAAAGUACGUGAGGUCAAGCGAAGUGCGCACAAUGCCAUAGAACGUCGUUACAGAACGUCAAUAAAUGACAAGAUAAUUGAAUUGAAAAAUAUAACUGUUGGUGUGGACGCUAAACUCAAUAAAUCAGCAAUCUUACGCAAAACAAUUGAUUACAUCAGAUUCUUACAAAACUCAAACGCAAAACUCAAAGCGGAGAACAUGGCAAUGAAAAUGGCAGCACAACGACAAAACCUCCGCGACCUCUUAUCCUGUGGCGAGCUGACACCGCCACGUUCAGACUCCAGCGAGCCAUCUUUAUCCCCCGCACCAGCUCCUCUGUCCCCAGCUUCACCAUUGUCCAUCAAAGAAGAGCCAGACAACUUCCAGCACAAGCCUCAGCACUCAGUCAACGGUCUUGGAGACCACACUCGCCUCACACUCUGCGCUUUCCUUCUCGUCUUUAUCGCCUUCAAUCCUCUUCAAUUCGCGAUUAACAAAGUCGGAAGAUUUAACAGCGACUUGGGAGAAUCAAAAUUCGACGGCAGAACAAUAUUAACUCACGAGGAACCAACUGAGCCUGCGUCGAUCGUAUGGAACAGUAUCAUCCUCUGGUUCGUCAACGCAUUACUUCUAAUCGGCGGUCUUUACCGCCUUCUUCUCCACGGAGAUCCGGUGAUUCCAACCGAGAGCAAGACAUUUUUAGAAUUGCGCCGCUGGCGGCACCAAGCAGAGUUCAAUAUGUCGAUAAACGACAACGAGAAAGCUCACUCGGAUCUACGAAGGUGUCUCGGUUACUUCAACAGAACUCUACCGAGUUCCAGGAUGGAAAUUGGACUGACAACUCUGUGGCAAAUAGUCCGACAAAUUCUCUACAGACUCUGGAUCGGAAAGUGGAUCCUCCAUGCUGGCAAGUGGCUCUCCCAAAGCUCCGAGCGUCAGCAGACCGAAAUCUCAACCAUGGAACUAGCGAUGGUCUACCAGAGAAUUCUCUGCCUCCGUUUGUCAGAAGGAUCCUCCAAUGCGACUCUCUUUUUGGCCCUGUCUGCUGUUAAUUACGCCGAAGCUGCUGGCGAGUGUAUUCCCAAAGUCUCUCUGGCGGAAGUUUACAUCAAUGCUGCUCUCUGCUUCAAACAGUCCAUGUUCUCUCUGGUUCAUAAAUAUUAUUUCAAUAAAGCUAGAGCUGUUCUGGCUACUUGCGUGGUACCUUCCAAGUUCAAGUGGAUUAUGACUAAUGAAGGUGCCAAGUUUUUUACUUCACACAAGUGGCAAUACGGAGAUUGUCCAGUCAGCGAGUUCACCUCUCAGAGUAUCAAGACAGACCCUCUGUCUUUUACUGCACGUGCUUAUCGGGAAUAUCUUGUUGGACAGUGUCUUAGACUCUUGACUGGCACCGCUGGAGACUCGCAUGCUUCUACUAUUUUGGCGCUUGCGGAAAAUAUUAUUGCUUCUGCUGAUGUUGAGAUUGGAUUUCCAACUCAGAGCAGUAAUGGUCAAGACCGUGAAGAUCCAAUAGGACUAUGGUGGGGCGCAGUAUUUUGCGCUGCAGCAAACUGGAGAUUAGGCAAUGAAGAUUCAUCUUGGACGCUUGUAGAAAGUAAAUUUCCGUACGGAAAAAAUUACAAUAAAAAUGACGCUUCGUCAAACGGCAAUCCACUGCCUUAUGCAGUCCUUUGCGUUCUUCAAGCAGCUAAACGCUCGACUAGGUCGUCUAUUAGACUUGUUGAUCAAGCUGGGGAAUAUUUACAACACUCGAUGGUCUACUACCAUUGUAAACAACAAUCACCGCAUAAUGUACAGUUGGUUCAAUUAUGGCUCUGUGAUUGUUUAUUGGAAUUAAGAACAGUGUUAUGGCAAGGAUUGGGUGGAGAAACAGGUCAAACAGCAGUCAACACGUUCCUCGCAGCUUUUCAACGUGAUUUAGCUCGUUUAAGACAACUAAGUCAAUAUAUUCCGUCCGUAUUACCAAGGAUAUUUUUGUAUGAAGCAACGGCGCGAAUAAUGGCAGGAGCAACUCCAGUAAAAACGCAAUUGCUUCUUGACCGCAGCUUGCAUCAUCGCAAUUCUCGCUCCUCAAUUAUUUGUGGCAAGGAUCGUUCCCACGAAAACGGUAACGGAGAGCGAGAACACGCAGCAGCGCUCUGUCUUGCGUGUCGUCAUCUUCCUGUGCUUUUGCUAGCAUCUCCCGGUGAACGAGCCGGAAUGCUGGCAGAAGCUGCUAAGACACUGGAGAGGAUUGGAGACAGGAAAAAAUUGCAAGAAUGUUAUGAACUGAUGCGCCAGCUUGGUCCGGCUAUUUCUGCUAAUUAA